AUGGCCAAAAGAAGUCAAGGUAUGCACUAGGAACGAUAUAGAAUCUGAACUGAAGUCAACUAAGAGCUAAGAGCCAAGAGGGAAAGAGCAAAGACGAAAACGAGCUAGAUUGCCGGCCUCCUGGGAAAGACAUGGGAGCAUCUUUUCAAAAUCAAAGCUACCCAUUAAAGCAUGUUCCCAACUAAGAGCAAACUCACGAAGGGACUCGUUCUUUGACUGCAAAUUCAAGCAAAAUUCCAAGAGCGCACUAUGCUCGGGCUGUUCAUGUUAGUGGGACUCAUUCACCUUCAAUGCUCAUAUAACAGUGGCAUAGUUUUGAUGGAAUUUUCACGGCAAAGCUUUACCUUCAUCUUCAUUGUUAUCUUUCUCAUGUGCAAUUCAGAUCAGUUCAGUUUAGUUUAUUUUCUACUCAAGAUGUGACAAUUACUAACAAGAUUUUCUCCUAGACGUUUCCUCAUCCCGCUCAAAGUCAAGAAAGGCUCACUUUUCCUCUUCAUCAGUGGAAAGAAGAGUUCUUUUGAGUGCUCCAUUAUCUAAGGAAUUGAGAAAAGAAUACAACAUAAAGUCGUUGCCAAUCAGACAAAAUGACGAAGUUUUGGUUGUCAGAGGUUCAAAGAAAGGUUCCGAAGGUAAAGUCAACUCUGUAUACAGAUUGAAAUUCGCCAUCAAUGUUGAAAAAUUGGAACAAAAGAAAUUGAACGGUGCUACUGUUCCACUCAACCUCCACCCAUCAAAAGUUGUCAUCACAAAAUUGCACUUGGACAAGGACAGAAAAGCUUUGAUUGGUAGAAAAUCGGGCAAAGCAGAGUAA